GGAGGGACUUGGCUGGGUCUCUCCAGCCUUCUUCACUCUUCAAACUUUCACCAAACUCUGAGCCCCCGCCUCCCCGAAACCAAAACACAACAAGCUCUGGAGGAGCGGCGAGCGGCGCGGCGGGGCGGGCGGACUCGCGGCGGCUCCGAGCCUCGGGAGGCUGAUGCAACUUUCCCUUUAAGAAAGCCACCUGGGCGCACGGCGGUGCGGACCCGGCACGCCUGGGCCGGGGGCUGCAGCAUGCUCUUGAGGUCCGUUGUCUGAAAGGCACUGGAAGCAGAGCCUGCGAGUGUGAUCCAGGUCUCCAGAGCCCCCCACCCACUGCCACCAUGGUAGGAAAAGGUGCCAAAGGGAUGUUGAAUGGUGCUGUGCCCAGCGAGGCCACCAAGAGGGACCAGAACCUCACACGGGGCAACUGGGGCAACCAGAUCGAGUUUGUACUGACGAGCGUGGGCUAUGCCGUGGGCCUGGGCAAUGUCUGGCGCUUCCCAUACCUCUGCUAUCGCAACGGGGGAGGCGCCUUCAUGUUCCCCUACUUCAUCAUGCUGAUAUUCUGUGGGAUCCCCCUCUUCUUCAUGGAGCUCUCCUUUGGCCAGUUUGCAAGCCAGGGCUGCCUGGGAGUCUGGAGGAUCAGCCCCAUGUUUAAAGGCGUGGGCUAUGGCAUGAUGGUGGUAUCCACAUAUAUCGGCAUCUACUACAACGUGGUUAUCUGCAUCGCCUUCUACUACUUCUUCUCAUCCAUGACACAUGUGCUGCCCUGGGCCUACUGCAAUAACCCUUGGAACACGCCCGACUGUGCUGGUGUUCUGGAUGCCUCCAAUUUCACCAAUGGCUCCCGGUCCUCCCUCCUUCCCAGCAAUCUCUCUCACAUGCUCAACCACACCCUGCAGAGGACCAGCCCAAGUGAGGAGUACUGGAGGCUCUACGUGUUGAAGCUGUCAGAUGACAUCGGGAACUUUGGGGAGGUGCGGCUGCCCCUCCUGGGCUGCCUCGGUGUCUCCUGGGUGGUCGUCUUCCUCUGCCUCAUCAGAGGGGUCAAGUCUUCAGGGAAAGUGGUGUACUUCACGGCCACCUUCCCCUAUGUGGUGCUCACUAUCCUGUUCAUCCGCGGAGUGACCCUGGAGGGAGCCUUCACGGGCAUCAUGUACUACCUGACUCCACAGUGGGACAAGAUCCUGGAGGCCAAGGUGUGGGGCGAUGCCGCCUCCCAGAUCUUCUACUCGCUGGGCUGUGCCUGGGGCGGGCUCAUCACUAUGGCUUCCUAUAACAAGUUCCACAACAACUGCUACCGGGACAGUGUCAUCAUCAGCAUCACCAACUGUGCCACCAGUGUCUAUGCAGGCUUUGUCAUCUUCUCCAUCCUCGGCUUCAUGGCCAAUCACCUGGGUGUGGAUGUGUCUCGCGUGGCAGACCACGGCCCUGGCUUGGCCUUUGUGGCUUACCCUGAGGCCCUCACACUGCUGCCCAUCUCUCCGCUGUGGUCCCUGCUUUUCUUCUUCAUGCUCAUCUUGCUGGGGCUGGGCACUCAGUUCUGCCUCUUGGAGACACUGGUCACUGCCAUCGUGGAUGAGGUGGGGAAUGAGUGGAUCCUGCAGAAGAAGACCUAUGUGACAUUGGGUGUGGCUGUGGCUGGCUUCCUGCUGGGCAUCCCCCUUACCAGCCAGGCAGGCAUCUACUGGCUGCUGCUGAUGGACAACUAUGCAGCCAGCUUCUCCCUGGUUGUCAUCUCCUGCAUCAUGUGUGUGUCCAUCAUGUACAUCUACGGGCACCGGAACUACUUCCAAGACAUCCAGAUGAUGCUGGGCUUCCCUCCACCUUUCUUCUUCCAGAUCUGCUGGCGCUUUGUCUCUCCAGCCAUCAUCUUCUUCAUUCUCAUCUUCACGGUGAUCCAGUACCGGCCAAUCACCUAUAACCACUACCAGUACCCAGGCUGGGCCGUGGCCAUCGGCUUCCUCAUGGCCCUGUCCUCUGUCAUCUGCAUCCCUCUCUAUGCCCUGUUCCAGCUCUGUCGCACAGAUGGGGACACUCUCCUCCAGCGUUUGAAAAAUGCCACAAAGCCAAGCAGAGACUGGGGCCCUGCCCUCCUGGAGCAUCGGACUGGGCGCUAUGCCCCCACCAUAGCCCCCUCUCCUGAAGAUGGGUUCGAGGUCCAGCCACUGCACCCGGACAAGGCCCAGAUCCCCAUGGUGGGCAGUAAUGGCUCCAGCCGCCUUCAGGACUCCCGGAUAUGAGCACAGCUGCCAGGAGAGUGGCCCCACCCCACCUCUGCUCCCAACACAGAGACUGGGGAGGCAGAGACAGGUGUCACCGCCUGCCCCGCCCCGCCACGCCCUGGCCAGGACGGCUGCUGUCACCUUGACCACCACUGCUAGUGCAGUCAUUUGUGCUCGUGUCCCCAGUGUUUACAUGUCCUUUGGAUGCCAAGAUGGCAGCUGGGGUUGGGGAGGAAACAGGAGGAUUGUUGGAGGGUCCCAAAGCACUUUGGAGGGGUCUUGGGCCAGGUCCCCAAAGGCCUAUCAGGCUUCCCAUGGCCCCUGACUCCCUCACACUCUGCCCCAAGCUGAGGUUCUGAGGUUGGCCUCCAGCCUCAUGACCAGUGUUCCUGCCCCCAGAGCAGACGCCACCUCUGCCCAAGCAAAUUUGGAUCUUUCUACUUGGGGCAGGGUGAGGGGCUGGGGGCUGCACAGUGUUACUUGUUCAGACUGUACCACCUAGCCCUGUUUAUCUGUGUAAUUAUUUUUGUAAAAGUUGUAUUAUCUGUGGUUGCCACCCCCUGCCCCAGCCUCGGUUCCAAUUUGUCUUCCAGGCCUGCUUGCACCUCACUCGGCCACUCCUGGGUCUCUGCCCCAUUCCAGCCCUGGCUGUCAGGCCCAGCCAGUUGAGGCUGUGACCCAGCAUCCCCUCCCAAAGCAUUUGUUUCUGGAGGGCAGGGAUGGAGGCUGCUCAACAAGAGCUUUGAGCCCACAGCCCUGGGAGCAGGGGACCCUGCACGACUUCCUCUUGCCUCCUCCUCCACUAGGCUAAAGGCCCAGUCUUCCAGAUCUGCUGCCCUUGUUCACGUGCCAAAUGGCCCCAGCCCAUGUGCCCAUCUCCUCCUCCAGAGCCCUGCAGUGUUCCGUUUGUCUGUCCCCUGUGCCCUCUGUGCAGUGACAGCCCUGGCAGAGCCGCCUCUAAUCCUCUGUAGCAAUAACGGUGGGCUGCCCGCCCCUGCCCAUUCGUGCACCACUAGGAUUUUAAAGUCCAUAGAUUUUAAUGAAAUUUCUAUUCCUGUCA